AUGAGUCUAGAUUUUGAGAGCACUGGCUCCCAGCAGCCACCCCUAGGCAGCGUGUUCAUGGAAAGAUCAUUUUCAUCAGACACUCAUAUAGAGGACGAUAAUUUUAGUUUAGCCUCUUCUGACAUCCAGCUAUCUACAUUCGAGCGGGUUUUCUCAACUCAUGCGCCCAUCUUCGAGUCCCUUCUUCUACAGAUUCCUACAAACACCGUCUUUCAGCUAUACCAUAUCUCCUCAUACUUUCGCAACUUUCUACAGUCUUAUCCAACAGCAUGGAAAUACCUAUCCUUCCGCUUACUCUUCCCAACCGGCAACCAGACACGGCCGUGGCUGAUGGGUAGCCCAGACCCCUCAGCCUCGCGCCAGUCACGGCCCUACGCCUUGGACCAGCUUCUCAUGAUGGUUGUCAUGCCAAUCAGUCCCUGCUUAAAGAGCCUAGAGCUUGACAACACCGCCGUAUCUGGUCAGAUACUCAUUUCCACGGUCCUCCACUCCCGACGAGAAACGCUAGAGCAUCUUUCUGUGCGCGGUUGCAAGAAUGUCUCGCUCAAAUACCACAUCAUUCCUUAUCUCACUAUGUAUGGCCUGCAAUUCGAUGUAGAUAUGGGCAAUAACACAAGCGGCUCUAUGGCUAAGCAGAAGCUUGCUUUGAAGAGCCUCUACACUUACCGUUGCCGGCAUCAUCGACGCCGUCCUUACCUGGGAUCCUCAUUGGUGCGUCGUGACUCAGAUGCAGAGCCAACACAUGAGCUUGUAGGCCUCUGUCACAAGUUGGGAAUAUGGACCGAUACGGCAUGGUGCACGAGUCCGGCAGGCCGUUGCUUUCGUCGACGUGGAUAUGUCUCGAUGAGAGUACCACAUGGUGCUCCAGACGUUUGGGUUGUAUUCGAUCGAUUGUGGAGAUCAAAGAACUGGCUGGGCCCUUUGAACUGGAAAGGUGCACCAGAUGGUAGGAAAGACGGGAGACUCUGGGAACAAGAAGAAACAGGAUACCAUGGUGAACCCUUGGGCACGGGAGAUAGUCCUGGUGAUAGUGAUGGGAAAUAUACUCCUGCUCACUUACGUCACAGUCACAGGAUCUUCGUUGACGAUAUUAAAUGUGAUAAUUGUUCGGAACCUAUAAGCGAGAGAUGCGAGCAAUGCAGCGUUAUAAUGCACUGUGUCGGUUGCCGAAAAACGCUCUGUGCAAGCUGCGCCUACAGCUAUCCCUAUGUCAAGGGCCCAGCUCCUUGGCUACCAUCAAAUUCAAACACCUCCCCCGAGACUUUAUGGUGGGCACCAGGUGCCACCAUCUCUCCAUCUAAUAUGCAUGACCCGGUGCCAGACGCAAAUGUCAAUAAUCUUCAAAACCCUAUAGCUUCUGCUCAAUAUCCAAAUUUGAAGUUUCACUGGUGCUGUACAGAGCCGGUCUUUUCAGGCGGGGGAGGCAUCAGCAUAGGAACAACAACGCGCGAAGUUGAUGUGGUUCGGGCAGCACCUCUACCGAGAGGUAGCGGAUGGGAAGACCCUGAGUUCGCGGCGUAUUUGUGGGAUCAGAAUACAGAAAUCUCUUCAGAAACCUGUCCACCUGAAGGGCUACAACAGUUACUUGGACCGUUAAACCGCCCAUUUAUGGCCUCUCCCCGCAAUCUAUGUGAUGAAUGCUAUAAUUCACACCAGUGGAAGGUACAGUGCAAGAGCUGCUCGAAACCACUUUGCAAAGAACAUGACCUUAGAGGAUUACGUCUUCGUAUAUGUGGGUAUAGAGAACUUGCUGUCGAGAAAGUAGCAUUGCAGAGUCACCGAGCUUCUGCUUUUGGAAAAACGAACAGCUCAGUUCUUCUAUCUAAAAACGCUGGGCCGUCAAUCAGACCACGCGUAAACAAUGCUGCUACUACUCUCAUAUCGCAGUUGCAAUCGCAAGGGUUGACACCGAGUAUGGAUAGAGACUCGCCUUCUGCUUCAAGCAGUGUGGCUGGGGACAAUGCUGGGCAUGGGGGGAACGAGAUGAACCCUGCAGCGCUUCAAGACUUUAUAAGAGCCCGCGGGCAAGUGGAAGGAAGUUCGAGAAUUGGGCGACGAGUCGGGCGCAGUCGAUCACCAACCUACUCUAGCUUGUCACGCUCAUCGUCGCGCUCAUCUGUAUACUACGAUGCUUCUGCUGAGGUUACAAAGUGGCAAGGCUGUCGGUCGUACUUUUGCCCUCAAUACAGGCCCGUUGGAGACCAACGUCAGCGCUGUCCGAGUGUUUUGCGAGAAUGCACAAACUGCGGGAUUAAUGUGUGCCAAGAUUGUGUUAACAACAACCCUCCAUGUUCAUGCUCUUACUGCGACGUCAAUUACUUGUGUCCGAACUGUCUAAAAAUAAGAGAGGAAGAUGGCACGUGUCGACGGGUAGAAGAAGAGAGAGCAAGGAAAGAGGAGAGAUGGAAGCGGGAUAUGGAAAUGCUGGAAGAAAUCCUGGACAGAAAGCUUGCCAACGAAGUGGCUGAGUUUGCCGGGGAUUUCAUGGAUCUGGUUUCAGAAAAUACGCGUUCGAAUAAUAUAUUCAAUGAUUUUCAGCGUUCAUUGAAUCGGUUAUCUGCAAUCAAUCAACGCCACCUCGCUCACGACCAAUAUCACCAUGCUCAACCCGCGGCUUUAUUCCACCCUCACAGUGGAGGCGAUUUAGCACAGGCUGAUCACAACCAUCUCGCUGCAUUUGAGCACAACUCGGAUGAGGAUCUCUUUAAUGAUGAUAUUGUCACCCCGAUUGCCGACUAA